AUGAACCCUAAUAAACCUUUAUUUUUAGGAUAAAAUCAUCGUUCUUAUUUGCUUUAACCUUAAGAAGUUUAACCUAGAAGCUAUAGUGUUUAAAUAUAAAAUAAUCGAUAUUCUAUAGAAAACGAUUUAAAACAUAGUCAUUUAGCACAAUCUCAUUUAGAACAUUAGGAAAGAUUAUAAUAAUUUAUGGCUGCAUAGAACCAGUAAUUGAAAUAGCAAUUAAUAGAAAUUGAAAAUAGGUAAUUAAAACUACAAAAUGAACUUCUUUCAUAAUAAGUUUAAAAAAUUUAAUUUGAUUUAGAAAAUACCUUAAAAUUAAUCUCUAAAAAAAAAAAAAAUCCAUCUAUUCAAUAAAACUUAGCCAAAUUAUCUUAAAGUUCAAAUUUUAGUUCAAAAUACUAAAAAUAACAAAGUUUAUCAAUUGCAUCUAGUGAUACAAAAGAAGAGGAGACAUAAAGAUUUAAUGAUAAAAAUACAAGUAAAAAUGAAGCAAUUGAAUUUCAAAUAUCAGAGAAUUUUGAAAAUUUAAAUCAUAAAUAAUUUAAUAACGGUAAUCGAUAAUCUUAUAAAAUAUAAAAAAGUUAAAGGAGAAAAAAAAGAUUAAAAAAGUAUGUGAUAGUUGUAUUAGCAUGUAUUAGAUUGUUAUGGAAAUAAAGAAUAAAAAUUAAAGAGAAUAGAUUAAAGUUAAAAAAGAUAAAAGAGAAAUUUGAAAUAGCAAAAUAGAAAUUAUUAGCAAUCCCAGAAGAAAAUAUUAGAAAUCUUCUUUCUACAUGGGUAAAUGAUCUUUUAGAAGAAAUCAUUUAAAUUCUAAAUAGUGAAUAAUUUUAUGCUCAUUGUGAUACACCAAAUUAUAAUGCUAAUAAAGAAGAAAAUAUUGUAUAUAGAUAAGAAUUAAUAAUCAAAUUAACAUAAAAUUUCUUUGAUCGUUUAGAAUAUAUGACUAGAGAUAAUAUUCUACCAUCAUUAAUUAUAGAUCUAAUGUAUUUAUCAUUAUUUUAUUCAUAAAAUCCAAAAGUAUCUUUAUUUGUAGCAAAAAGAACAAAUUUUUAUGUGAAAAAUACUAUAAAAUUAUCAAAUCAAUAAGAAAUGUUAAUUAUAUCAGAAUAUAUUUUUUUUCGAUUAAUUAUUUAGUAUAUGUUGAAGAUAUUUAAUUAACUUAAAUAUAAAAAUGAUACUCAUGAAAAAUUAUGCAAAUUUUUUGUUACUAUUAUUGCUAGUUUCAUUCAAAUUUUAUAUAUAGACUUUUUUGAAGAUAUGAAAUUUGUUAAAUAAAUAAAUGUUCAACUCUAUUAAAGAAAAAUAGUUCUAGAUGAAAAAUUAAAGGCUUAUCUUCUAGAAGAUGAUAAAAUUGAUGAAGGAGAGAAUUUGAUUUUAGGAUUACAUGAUAGAUCAUAAUUUGAAUAAUUAUUUCAAUAAUAGAUGGAUUGGAUAACUCAAAUGGGCAAAACGUUUUAUUAAAUACUUUUAAAUCUUCAUAAUCAAAUAUGA